AUGGCUGCCUCUAACGUGCCAAAGGGUUUCCAGGUCGACGUCCAGAGCGGUGGGUAUGCCGUCGUCACCGUGCGCUCUGAGCCCGUCAACACGCUUUCCCUCGACCUCUGGAGGGGCCUGACCAGCAUCCUAGAUGCGUGCGAAGAAGAUCCGGCCGUGCGGGGCAUAAUCUUCCGGUCGGGCUUGAAGAAGGACAUUUUCUCGGCAGGCAACGACAUCCGGGAGCUCUACGCCCCUCUGACCUCUGCCCAGCGAUACAGGGAGUUUUGGGUGACGUCCAACAAGUUCCUGGCCCGCCUGUACAGCACACGACUGGCCACCGUGGCGGCAAUCCGUGGCGCGUGCCCGGCUGGAGGUUGCGCCAUUUCCCUGGCGUGCGAUUACCGAGUCAUGACCGAGCAUGGGCACAUCGGCCUGAACGAGGUGGCACUCGGCAUCUCCGUGCCCAAGUUCUGGGCGGGGUUGAUGGGACGUGUCAUCGGGGCAAGGACCGCCGAGAGGCUUUGCCUGAAUGCGGAGCUUCCAGACCCUCGCCGAGCCCUGUCGCUCGGCCUUGUCGACGAGGUGGUACCUACCGCUCAGCUGGAUGCAGCGGCCCAGAAAGCCCUGGCCUCCAUGCUGAGUGCCCCAGACGUCGGUCGUGCGGCAACCAAGAGGAUGCUGCGAGAGGAGUACAGCGCGCAGUGGUCCGCCUACUGCCAGACGGAGUGGGAGUAUGGCUGGGAGUCGCUCGACUCUCCCGCCGUCACAGAAGCGCUGGGCAAGGUCAUGGCACGGCUCAGCUCCAAGAAGACCUCCAAGCUCUGA